CCGGACCCCUAAAACAGAUUGAUUUAAGAACAUGCCAUCCUAGAACAUGGCAGUACUAGGGUGUCUACAACUUCUCCUUCUGUUGAUAGUAUCUGGGUCCGUGGCCGGGGACCCUUUUGGGGACUUUGAGUACAAAUACGCCGUCAAACGAGAGAGUCUCCAUCAACAGGAACGCGUGUUUGCGGGGUACGAGUCUAAUUACACCGAAAAUGAACAGAUUGCACAGAACUACUUAGAGUACUUGAAGUGGGUGGAAUUUGUAAAAACCAAGGACAACUUCCCACCAUCUCGUCCAAUGAAGAACAACCUUGCUGAUGUCAAAGCUUCGAGCAUCUAUCGCCUCCUGAAAAAGUUUCCUAAAGGCGGAAAUAUGCACCUACAUCACAACCACGUUGUCAGCAAAGCAACCAUCUUGGACAUCAUAUAUGCAAAUCCGUUCCUGCUCGACAAUUUCUAUGUUAAGGAAUCUUCAGAACCCAACAAAUGGCGGUUCGACUUCUACCUUAAUCCACCCAGUGGAUGGAUGAAAGUGAAGGACAAUGUAAAGUACACGAAAGAUUCCAUGGUUAAACAUUCCACGUUUCUGGGAAUUAUUAACGAUGCAUCCAUUAAUUUGCCGACUGAUAGCAGUUUGAGAUGGAAGCAAAUUUCGCCCUUGUUCAGUACCAUUGGAUCACACAUUGUAAACCAGGUAAACAUGUCAAGGUUACACAUGGAAGCAAUGCUUCAGGCUGCCAUGGACGAAAAUGUACAAUAUCUGGAAACCAAAGUCUCCGCCUACAAUAAGCUGUAUUUUCUAGACUCUGAUCCUGCUUAUGAAAGUAAACAUGGGAAACAUUAUGUGGACAAUGAUUAUGGAGAAGAGGAACUUCACAUUGCAGAGGAAGUUUUAAAUCAAUUUCGUCAGAAGAAUCCUUCUUUUAUUGGAUACAAACGAAUCGUUAAUUCGUACAGAAGAUCCGAUCCUGCAACGCUCAAGUCAGACGCAGAGAAAGCUCUUAUGCUUCAUAAGAAGUAUCCUCAUCUUGUAGCGGGAUUUGACAUGGUGGCAGAGGAAGACCUCGGUUAUUCCCUACUGUUUUAUCUCAGAGACUUCGUGGAAUUGGAAGUAAGAAAUGAAUCUUUACCAUACUUCUUCCAUACCGCGGAAACAAACUGGCCUGCAGAAUAUCUGACUUCUACUCACGUAACCGAUCCAGUCGCUACGAUUGAAAAUACAUACGACGCCAUUCUGUUAGGAGCCAAAAGAGUAGGUCAUGGCAUAGGUUUUUUGACACAUCCAUAUCUAAUGGAGCUUUUAAAACAGAAGAAGAUUGCAGUGGAGGCAAAUCCAGCUAGCAACAAGUUGCUGGGUUACGUUCCCGAUCAGCGCCACCAUCCAGCUAUAUCUUACAUUCGGUAUGGAAUACCUGUGGUUUUGGGAGCGGACGACCCAUCUACGUUUGGAUAUGAUGACUUCACUGUUGACUGGUAUGAGGCGGUAAUGGGGUGGGAUCUUACUCUUGCUGAUAUGCGCCAUUUGGCAAUUAAUUCACUACAGUACAGUUCUCUUCUUGAUUCAGAGAAACCAGCAGCCAUCACAAAAUGGCAGAAUUCCUAUAACCUUUUCAUAACGAACACGAAACAGGAAGCAUGUAAAUUAACCUUCAAUGACACAACACCAACAAUUUCUUCCAUUUUCCCUCAUGAAGGCCCAGUACAUGGUGGUAGUAUCGUCAAAGUUUUUGGACGACAUUUUUCUAGAGCGAUAUGCAAAACAAUCUACUGUCGAUUUGGAAGCGCGACUACAAAAGGGACCUUAGUCUAUGAUCACAUGAUCAACUGCCCCUCCCCAGUGAGAGCUUCCCACGGCUCUCAUCUUGAUCCAUUGCAUGUUCAAUUCAGUGUAUCUCUGGACAAUGGCGCUAACUUUAUCAAUACGCACAAAAAAUUUUCCUUCAUGCAUCAACCAAAUGGGAUCCCAAACAUCCCUGUUGGCUAACAUAUUCCUCUAGGGGUUCUCUUGUUUGUAUCGGAAUAUUUAAUAUUGAGUGACAGACCAAUUCUCAGGUAAGCUUGGGCUUUCAGUCAGGCGUGGCAUUCUCGACGUUACAUAAUAAGCAUAUGAAAUUUACACAGCUUUCACUCACUGUUGAAAUAUACAUGGGAUAAAAAUUCGGGCAAAUGUCAACUUGAGUAUCGAAUAAUCAAUAACAUUUUCUCGUUCGGCAAAGAGGUGGGGCUUAAGUCGUCACAUCGUUGUCAACAAUUUUAAAGUUCCGAAUUG